ACAGCUGCACCAACUCACAGCCAGACCGCGAGACAUGUGGCUGAGACUUUCUGAAAGCUACGCUCCGUUUUUUAACCCAAAACAAAUACCGGAUUGCGUGAUUCGUCAACAUUUCAUAGCAGGAGUUUGGACGCUAAAGCCAGUUUACUAGUUGCAACCCAGCUGCAGCAGCACUUAAAGUGGUGAUCAGGACAGUCCGAGGUGGACAUGACUGGAGCUGGAAGUGGCGGCCAGGGCCCGCCUGAUGGAACGGAUGCUGAGGAGGCGGAGAGAUGUCCUAUCUGCCUCGGCGUCCUGGCCGGAGGCGAGCUCGCCAUGCCUGACAGCUGCUGCCACGUCUUCUGCCUCAGAUGUCUGCUCACAUGGGCAGAGUUGCAGAUGGCUCCCUCCUGCCCGGUGGACAGACGACCUUUCACUAAUGUUUACAGAUGGGACGGGAAUGUGAGCUGCGUGCAGGUUCCUGUGAGGAAACGAGUGACUCAGCCUGAAGCUGAGAGUUGCUGCUGUAGAAACCCCGAACAAAAACUCUGUCUCAAAAAUAAGCCCGCAAGAAGACCGAGACGGCAAAAAGUGGAGAGGAUGGCAGACGCCAAAACAAAAGGACUUGUGAGGAAAUGUAACGAUGAGGACCCCUCCUCUCUGAGCAGGAAAAAGGUGAGAGGGACAGAGUGCUGUACUUGGUCACCGUCUUCCUGUGUCUCAUUAACGACAGCAUCGCCUCAGGACAUUUCAGAGCCUGUGUGGGUGACAGACGACAUACCAUAUGAUACUGCGUUACAACAGUGUAAACCGCAGGUGCAAGACUGUCCGUGGCUUUCUCCUGCUGCUCCCAUCCCUGCUAAUGGCACCUCAAGGCAGAACUUUCAUCCCACUGGUUGGAAUCACAGUCCAUUCUCACCUCCCUUUACCACCAGUUCACUAUUUGGCCCUGGUCAUUUCGCGUUUCAGGGUGUUGUCUGCGCCAUCACGUGUCCCAAAGGAGGAGAGAAGAGAGGAGGUCGAGCUUCAACCUCCAAAGCUCCCACCAAAGAGGCCAAGUCUUUACCAUCCAGACGAUCUGGACGCAACAAUAAAUCCCAGGAAGAGGCUCCCGUAUCUGACCCAUCAUCGCCACCACAGUCCAGUUCAUCAGACUCUGAAUCCCCAACCGGCCAGUCCGCAAAGCCGAGCCGGGCUUCUCAGGGGCCGGCCAAGAGGAAGGGCAAACAGGUAACAAAUCGAAAGGCCAGUGGGAAAAGGAAAGCCACAGCAAGAAAAAAAAAAUCUCCAGAAGUCGUUAGCAGCCCAGCAGCAAGUGAGGAGGAAGAAGAGGGUGAUGGAUGUGACAAUAUGGAAAAGGAGGAGGAAGACAAAACUGAUCAGGAACUGAAUUUGAACAACACACAGCAGCAGCUGUCUGACGCUGAAGAGACCCUCAAUGAAGAUGGUUUCAACUCUGCUGAUGAACCAGGAUGUGCUGAACCUUUCAGUAACGAUGUCGGACAGGACAGUGACGAGACUCAGGAACAAUCGUAUAAACACGAAAUGAAACCAGAUGAGGUGGACGAUGACUUGUCUUGUCCCUCAGACUCGGCUCCCAAAAGCCCCGGAUCGUGCUCCGAGGACGACCAGAGCAAGAGGGAGGAGGAGGAGGAGGAGGAGGAGGAGGAGGAGCAGGAGCCAGUAAGCCCAGUUUCCUCUGGAGAAAAGGAGUCUGAGAAAAGGACUUCACCAUCACCCUCUGACUCUGAGGAUGCCCUGCAGGACAACCUGAUGUCUCCACACUGUGAGGAGCAGACUGAGCAGGAUGAAGACAUGGAAGUUUGCGCAGAGUCAGAAGAAGACAACAAUGAAGAAUCAUCAAAGGAAGUGAUGGCUGAAUCGUGCGAGAACUCUCAAGAACCGGCUUCCCCCUCUGCUGGAGAGUCAGAGGAUGAUUCAGCCGUCCCUGAAUCUAAAGCCUCUGAGGAUGCUGAUAUAAAAAUGUCUGGAUCAGAAGAACCUUCAGUAUUUGACAGCUCUGGGGAAGAGACCAAGAACAGUCCAUCCAAGGAUGACAGUCUAUUCAGGGAUGACGGUCUAUCCAAGGAUGAUAGUCAUGCCAAAGAUGACGCUCCCUCCAAGGAUGAUGGUCCCUCCAAUGAUGAUGGUCCUUCCAAGGAUGGUGAUCCAUCCAUGGAUGACACUAAAGUUGUCCCCAUGGACUGCAGUUCACCCAUGAGUGAGCAUGGUAACAGUCCCAUUUUGGAACUACCGAAGGAGAGCGCUGCCUCAGCUGCUUCCGAACCUCCUGCACCUGCAAGACAAGAUGCCAAGGACGAGAGCUGCAAGGACCAACAGGGACGAGAAAAGAGCCAAGAGAGGAAGAAUGGCAGGCAGCGGCGCUCUCGCUUCCACUCCCCAACUUCUACGUGGUCACCAAAGAGGGACUCCAAGCGAGAACCAUCAAGGCACUCACGCUCGCGGUCUAGAGAUCGUGACGGCAGUCCGCCCUCAAGGCGCUCGUCCCGAGCUCGCAGUAGAGAAAGAGACAGGGACCGAGACGGUGAGAGAGACUAUUCUAGGAGGGAACGUAGUCGCGAAAGGAGGAGGAGGCGAUCCAGGACUCGCUCUAGGUCCAGGUCACGGUCUCGGUCUAGAUCACGAUCCAGAACAAGAUCCUACAGGCGAGGGCCCAGCUCGGAGCGGCCAGCCUCCAGAGAGCCAUCUCCCCAGAGGAGGAGGGGCGGCUGGAGGCCUGUGCAGGGCAGUGGGUCUGGCAGUGAGGGGCGCAGGCAUCUCGGAGGCGCUGGGCGCUUUGAAAAUGGUGUGCCUGCAGAAAGUUCCCCUGAACGCCAGGCCUGGUCAGAAAAUCCGGACUGGGUUACAGAUAAGAGUCGUGAAGCUGACGGCAAGACCCGGGACUUUGGCUUUGGCGGCGGCUCACGCUGGGAAGACCGCAACAGCGGCGGGAACAGAGGGGAGCCACGGGGCCGAGGGGGGCGUGGAGGGUUUGAACGUGGCCGGGGCAUGGGGCGGGGCGGGGGAAAUCGUAGCUUCUACAGCCAGCAGGAGGAAACGUCCGACAACCGCUGGCAGCCCAGAAACAACUUCUCAGGUACAGGCAACAAUUCAGGGAAUGACGCAUACAGCCGCUUCAACGAAAACAGAGGCGGUGGGCGGAGGAAAGAGGCGGAGUCAGCAGAGUCUAUGCUCGACCGGUCAGGCUGGUCAUCGGCCUCCAGCUGGGCUGUAAGGAGGACAUUACCCGCAGACGUUCAGGAUUAUUACUCCAAGAGGGAGAGGGGAGGACCAGGAGGCUGGAACCGACAAGAGGAGGAGCAGCCGGCGGCAGCAGCAGAUCCCCCUAAAAGCGAGCCUCCUCCCCAGGCAGUCCCGGGUAACGCUCCGGUGCCCGUGAUGAACGUGAUUCCUCCUCCGCUGAAUGUUCUCCACCAUCACUUCCCCAUGCAGGGCCCGCGUGGACCGCUGCCGGUCAGCUUGCAGCCUGCAGCACCGUACGCCAUGCCUCCUCAGGUCCCCGUGCACCUCCACCCUGCCGUACCACUGCUUCAGGUCCCCGCUGUCGGUGCUCAGGGGCUCCCACCGCCUCCUCCACCGCCGCCACCCAUGCAUCAAGGCAGCCAGACGGCAGCAGCUCAGCCUGACGGAUACACGACGCCGAUGGCGAGUACGAUGGUGGCUUAUGGGAAACCCGGCCUUCUUCCCACCCCAACCAAAGCUGGUGUUGCCGCGGCGACCCACGUCCAGCCGGCACCCAGCCAGGCCCUGCCAUCCUCCACAACUCAGCCCAGCCAGCAUAACAAGGCUCAGGCUGACAGCUCCAAAAAAGAAAAGAAACAGCAGAUCCAGGAGAGAGCUAUAAAUGAAGUGAAGACAGCCAUCAAGCCCUACUACCAAAAGAAGGAAAUCACGAAGGAGGAGUACAAGGAGAUCGUCCGCAAAGCGGUAGAAAAGGUGUGUCACAGCAAGAGUGGUGAGGUGAACUCCAGUAAGGUGGCCAACCUGGUGAAGGCCUACGUGGACAAAUACAAGCACGCCCGCAAGAAAUGAACCCCCGCCCUGCUGUUGGUGCGGCGAUGCCCUCUCAGACCCAUUCAGCUGCUCAAGUGCAAUUUCCUCUAGCUGGAAUUUGGCCUCCAAACUGAAAGACAACGGAGCGCCGACAUUUUUUCUUUUUUUUGAUAUCUCUACCUUUUAUUGAAUGAUGAAGAUUUUUUUCUAUAGAUUUUCAUAUUUUGUUAGAAAAAAAAGAAUUACCCGAUCAGAAAUUGUAAUGCAAGAGCCCUUUAUUUUGCAUAGGUCAUGUGACUUGGGGAACUACUGUAAAGAGCGCAGGGUAGCGUGGGGGGUGGGGGGUGAUAUUAUAAAUGUAACGCUCAGAGAACGUCAGCUCAUGUAGAGGGGAGCCUCUCCCAGGGUGCCGGCUGGUACGAAUAAUCUCUCCUAACUGGCAGCCUGAUCGCAUAGCUUAUUAUUAUUAAUUGAAUAUUGUCAAUGUUCUUUUUUAAAAUAUUAUAUAAUAUUUCAGAUGAAAGCCUAGUUUAAAAAAGCAGUGCAUUGCCUUUAUUAAUCUCUGUGGCCCAAUAAAAGGGCCUGAAUCUGAUGUGUGAUUGUAAUCUGGGCCCUGAUUGGUUGAGAAGAUGCCAGCCAAUCAGCAGUGAGUUUGCAAUGUAAGGCACAGGUCCCGGGGGGGUGCGGCAGAUCAAGUUAAAUUAACCACACCCCUCCCCCGCCAUCGCCUGAAUGUUUAAUAAAUGUCAAUGAGUGAACAUGAACUGUGCAAAGUA